AGGAGGGGCGUGGCCAUGAGAGAAAGUGUUCGCGACGGAACUCGUUGGUGGGGGGAAAGACCGGCCCCUUCCGGUUACGAGGCCCAGCAAGAUGGCGGCACCCAGGGCGUUCAGGCUGGCUUUGAACUUACAGUGAUCCUCCUGCCACAGCCAUCCAAAUGCCGGGAACACAGGCUUGCACCACCACACCCAGCUAGAGAUUCUGAAAGAAGAAUUUUGCAGGAGCCAGGAAGCUGGGAGUUCCUGCGCCUGAUACCCCCAAAAUGGAAUGGGGGUAAGAGGGGCUUCCGUGAUCUGAGUGGAGUGGUGACCCCAGAGGGCAAUCGGAGGAAGAGAAGGACACUGCUGCAGUUCCUGUCUGACCAUUUCUGUGACAUGGAGUUUCUGAGGGAGAACGUGCUCCAGAAGCAGAUGCAAAAGGUGUCCCUGGAAAACAGAUCCUUCACUAUAAUCCAGGACAAAUAUGGCCGAGAUAUCGCAGGAGCCUGUUUCAUCCUGCAGCACGGAGGAUCAGUCAAGUUUCGAGACAGGGAGUGGAUCAGGUCAGAUGAGUACAGACGUUUCUCUGCUGAGGUCUUGAAGUUCCAGGCAGUGCCUGUGGAGGCUAUCGAUGCCAGUGGCUGUGCCAUCAACUACCAUGGCUUAGACAACCUCUUGCCCCUGAAGAAGCUCCAGUGCCUGUCACUGCAGCGCUGUCCCCACGUGGAUGACUGGUGCCUCAGCCGCCUCUACCUGCUGGCCGACUCACUGCAGGAGCUCUCCCUGGCCGGCUGCCCCCAAAUCUCUGAGCGGGGCCUUGCCUGCCUCCACCACCUCUCGAACCUCCGUAGACUGGACAUCUCAGAUCUCCCCGGUGUGGAGUACCCGGGCCUCACUCAGAUCCUGGUGGAGGAGAUGCUGCCAAACUGUGAGGUUGUGGGGACUGACUGGACCCAGGAGGGUCCAGAGGAGCAGCCUCAGGACCCAGCCAGCCCUAUCCAUGCCAAGCCUGCAGCCCGUGAUCUCGGUGACCCAUGUGGAGUGUCGUAGCUACCUAUACCCUGCCCUCCAAGGUGGGGUUCCUUCAGCAUGGGGCAUGGAGGACUGGCAGACCAGAGGGAAGGAUAGCAUGAGGUUGGGGUAUUUAUUGCUGCUGGCUGCUCAUGGCUGGCAACCCUUUUCACUCAGCUCCUUCCGCUGCCUCUUUGAACUGUCAGUAGGACAGGAGCUGCGCUCACCUCCAUGGGUCCCCACAUGUGAUGCACCCAUCCAUGUUAGAGGUUGGCCAUCUCACAGGGACCCUGACGGACACGAGGUGCCCCUGGCACUUCCCUGUGCAGGAUUGGCCAGCUCACUUCACCUGUCCACCAUCCUUGGCCCUCGCUCCCCAGUUCCCAUGAUGUGGCUGCUUAUUGAUUUAUUAGCUUUGUUUCAAAUUCAACUUUUUUCUGCUGCUCUGUGAAAAUGCCACUGGGCCUUUGGACUUAUUUCCUUUGCCAACGGCAUGCUAGGCCUCAUCAGCAGGGUACACUGAUGAGACAGAUUGCCAGAGGGAAGGUGUGUGCUCUGUGCCCCAUGCACCUUAGCUUCUCCAGCUUUGGGCCACAGGGCGUGUGGUUUCCCCAGCACAGUCCUGGAGAGGUUUGUGGUCACCAGCUUCCCCUGGCACCCCCAGUCCUGUGGUUUUUUGGGGUGCAGCCCCUCCCUGAGGCUCCCCAGCAACCCAGCCACAUUUCCAGUCAGCUCAGGCAUUUACCAAUGAAUUCUUGUGAUUCCAGUUCACUGUUGAAUAAUUCAUUAUAUUAAAAUUUCCCUGUGAAAUUA